AGUGUUCGCUAGCUUGACUUAGGCAUGUACACGCCAGGUAAAGGAAACACAUACUUGAUUGUAAAUUUAUACAUUUUGGUCGAGGUUCAAAUUGAAAAACAGAUUGUUUCGAAAUAUUUAAGCAAUAUUUAUAUGGAAAAAAGGUAAUUUUCUUUAAAAUGAAUCACGGAGGCCAAAGCUACUUUCGAUUUCGUUGAUCUUUUUUUUGUGAACGGUCAUUUAGGGGGUGUUGUUAAAACGAGGAACGGAAAAUAUCGUAUGCAAUAAUGUGAUGAGGAGGUCAGCAUUUUGCAAAAUGAAAGGUUUAUCAUGAACAAGGGAAGCAGAAAUUACAGAGAGAGCGAGAAGUCAUCCACAGAAUCCACCGUUUCAUAUACUUCAUCAAAAAGUCCUAAAAGCUUUCUUUAAACGCAGGAAAGAUUUAAUUUCACUGAAUCCACAUAUUAAAAUCACUAUGCAACCAACCAGCCAUAAAAUAAUUUUUACGCAAUAAUUUAUGAAAUAAAAUUUGAGAAAGGAAUUAUUUGUCCGUAUACUACUGUUGAGCCCGACAUCCUGCGGAUUAGUGUUGAACCCGAAGAGAUACAGCAGGAAAGAAAGAUUGAAACAGAACCAAUGAAAACUAUAAUUAUACUAGCCAUCAGAAAAGCAUUCAAAGUACAAACAGCCUCCGAAUAAAACAGACACGAGUGAUAAAAAUCCACUGAUGGCGUAUCGAUAUACCAUGGGAACCGAAGAAAAAAGUUCCGAUUUUGAGACAUAUCCAAGUUCCAAAGAAAUCAUUUCAGAUGAAGGAAAAGGUGGUAACCAUGGUUUCCUGAAUGACUCGGGAAAGGUAAAGUCUUUUCUGUCGUGCAAAAAUUGCAGUCAAGAAUUCAACACCGAGAGCCAGCAACCAUAUCUAUUGCCUUGCCUAAAUGCUGUAUGUAGACAAUGUGUACUCGGUCUCUUGGCAUCAGAUAAAUCCAUUAUUGAAUGUCCAUAUUGCAAGAACUCGCAUGUCUGUGCAGAAGAAGGUAUCAUCAUUUUACCUAAAGACAGCACUAGAGAAGUUGUAUUAGGGAUUGUUCGUCUGAAGAAUGACGAAUCUGGCAUGGAAUGUGAAAUGUGCACCAAUAAGCAAAAAGCAUCUCAUCGAUGUUUUGAUUGUUCCUCCUUCCUUUGUUCAGACUGUGUUAAAUUACAUUCUAGUUUGAAAGUAUUUAUCAACCAUUCAUACACUGAAAUUGGAAGUCUGCUGGCAGGAGAUAUGGAUAACCUUAAGUUGUUUUCUUGUACUAUGUAUUGCAAUACUCCUGGUCAUGAGCGAGAAAUAGUGAAAAUGUUUUGUUCUUCAAAGUCGUGCCAGAAAGCAAUUUGUUUGCUAUGCGCUGUAAGUGCUCACAAAACACACAGUUUAUGUGAUAUAUCCGAUGCUGUGAAUGAAAAGAGAGAACUGAUAAAAGAACUAAUGCAGAUUGUAGAAAAAAGAAAACAUCACUCUCUGAUGUCAUUAUCUGUACUUGAGGAAAAAAUGAGCACGUUCCCCAAUGAAUGUGGACAACUAAAAGAUGAAAUUAGGCAAUGUUUCUGUAAAGCAAAAAAAGUUCUAGAACAAAGAGAAAAUGAACUUUGUGAUGCAGUAGAGAUCAAACAACUUGAAAGAAUGGCAUCAUUAGAGUUAGAAAAGAAACGAUUGAGUAAGUUGUCCGAUUCCUGCGUGGAGACUUGUCAUUAUAUUGAUGCGGCAAAUAAAUUUGACGGUCACCAGUCGUUUUUAAAUGUCGCUACGUGUAUUGAAAAGCGUCUGAAAGAACUGCAAUCUCAAUCAUCUGAACUUCAACCGUCUGAUACCUUUGAAAAGAUGAAAUUUACUCCAGAAGAACUAGAUUUAACAAGAGUGAAUGGAAAACAGUUUGGAGAACUCAUUAUGACCAAGUCAAGCCCAUCUAUGUCAGUGGCAACUGCUGUCCCUACGGUUUGUUGUGUUGGUGAAGAAAUAACAUUCAAUGUAAAAUUGCUAACACCUUUAGGUCUGUUCAUAGAUGAUGAGGACAUUCAAAUUUGUCUCAAGCACGAUGGAAUUUGUAUUAAAACUAUUCCAUUAACACCUAGAAAAUGUAGUUUUGUAGGGUCUUGGAAAGCCGAAAAAUCUAUGAACCUCAUUUGGAACAUCAUCAGUAACGGAAUUGAAAUGGACUCUCCCAAAGGCCUUCUACAAGUGAUAUGCUUUAAAGAUGAAAAUUCACAGGGUGUGGAUGAUGGGAAGAAAACAGAUACUGGUGAUGCAGGCAAAACCCAACAACUAUUAGUGGUUUUUAAAAUGUCAGAAUGUGAAUUCAAUUCUUUCAAGUACUUUGGUGAAAAAGAAGGCAUUCAAGCAUUCAAAGAUGUUGCAAAAAAUUUGAAUUAUAAAGAUGGGGAGUUGCAAGUAUUUGUGAAGAGUGAAACAGCAAAAUCAGAAUUACAACACCAUCAUGAAAAAAUAAAGAUAAAGAUGACGGAUUACUACAGAGUUCCAAAUGAGAGGACAAAUGAAAGGCUGGAUUCUUUGGAUGGCAUACAAAUAUUUGAGAGCGUGUCAGGAACAAUUUCUCCGUUUCUGCAGCGGGCUAAAAUAGAAAAAACUGCUCAAGAGUUUGGUUGUGUAUUAGGAGAUGACAAAUCAAAUGGAACUUCUGUAACAGCUACUGGUCUCUCUAAUCUGCUGAAACUAAACCAAAAGUUAACAGCGUAUUUAUCUGCAGAUGAAAAUUCAAGAGGAAGGAAAAUUGCAGAGGAAAAAAAUAUAAGUGAUUCACCCAUACCCAAUAAACUCCCAUUGGUUAUUAAAAUGUCAGAAUGUGAAUUCAAUUCGUUCAAGUACUUUGGAGAGAAAAAAGGCCUUCAAGCAUUUAAGUCUGUUGCAAAUAAUUUGAAGUAUAGAGAUGGGGAGCUGCUAGUAGUUGUCAAUAACGAAACAACAAAAUCAGAUUUAAAAGAGCAUUAUGAGAGAAUAAAGAUAAUGAAUACAGAUGAGUAUGCUGUUCCAAAAGAACAAACAGGUAAAAUACCUGAUGUAGUCCAAGAAAUUCAGAAAGAAUAUCCAGAUGCCUGUUUUUAUGGCGGUCAGUCACAAAUUAUAAUCACUUGUGAUGAUUAUGCUCAGCUGCAAAUAACAAAGAAUGCUUUGAAACUUAAGGUAGAGGGUGAACAAAAAAGCAGAAGAUUUCGGAAGAUAUCGAACUAGAAGAAGAUAUAUAGUUAAUGACUCAGAUUCUGGACUUUCUGCAUCAAACACAGAGAAGUUUGGAGAUACCUUGGAACUGAAGCAGUAGAGGGACUCGUUGUGAAGAUUUAUUUGGGCAGUAUCACUAGACUUAAAGUUAAUUGUAUUGUCAAUGCAGCAAAUGAAUCUUUAAGUCAUGGAGGGGGUGUAGCGUUCACUAUAUCAGAGGCAGCUGGUUAUGGAUUCGAUCAAGAGAGCAUGGAGUACAUCAGAAAGCAUGGUCAAAUACCAGUAGGUGAAUGCUGUGUAACAGGUGCUGGUAAUCUGCCAUACCAGUGUGUCAUCCACAUUGUAGGACCAAGAUGGCAUGCUUACAAAGAGGAUGAGAAAAAGUAUUGUUUGGAUGACUUUCAGCAGGCUGUAGAGGUCAUAUUUAAGGUAUCACACCGGUAAUUGUCCAAUCGAAAUGAACUUAGUCAAUUGUAGUUCCAUAUAUUUAAAGAAAUAUUUUUUUCUUGCGCGAUUUCUCUCAUUUCUUCUUCUUUUCUCAUAAUUUUUGUACCCCUGAUUAGGAAAUUUUGUGUAAUUUGUAGAAAUAAUCAAGUGUAUACAAAGGAACUAUUUGAUGUUGGUAGCUGAGGCUACUUCCUGAGGUGCACUCCGACUGUUUACACACAUGUGAAAAACACGUGGAUUUGAGGGUAGUCUUGUUUGCGGGUAAUUUUUUUUUGAAAAUGCCGCGUAGGAUGUUGUUUUUCCGGUUUCGGCAGACGAGACAGGUAACAUAAAACAUUUCCGACUGCGUUGUUCGGCAUCAAUUCUGUAAACUGAUUUUUAAUGAUUUUUCCCUCUAUAGUAAUAUACAAUGAAAAUAAUUACCGGUGUGAUACCUUAAGAAAGCGGAGGAAUUAGGAAUGGCGUCAAUAGCAUUGCCAGCUAUUAGGUCAAGUAUUCCUGUCAUAUUUCUGCAAAUUACUUUGAAUAACUUGACAAAUAUGCUAUCUUUAUUCAAAGAAAAAUUGCCCGUAUAUCAGAGUAUUAAUCUUAUGGUAUGUUCGUACAGUACAUAUGUCUGUCUGUUUGUCAGAUAUAAACAGUACAUGUAAGGCUAAGAUCAUCAAACUUGAUACACAUUUUCUCUAUCAGGAUGAUAGAAAUAAAUGAGGCAAAAACUGAAAAUGUUUUUUUCAAUUUUCAAGUAAGUUGAAAUAAUUUUUCUUUUGCAAUUUUAAGUUGUAUAUACACUGAAGUUCAUAAAUCCUAAAGGGCAUUGUAAUCAAUAAAGAACUGAAAAAGUU